AUGACUGGGGUGUGAUGGAUAAGAAUAAGGAGCGAGGCAGGACUAGCUUCCUGAUUGAGGAUAUUCUCUUUAGGCCCAAGUCGGGUCUACACGCGCCCCAGGUGUCUUCACUGGGAAGAGCUGCAGAAUGUUAUCCUCUUCUGCCUCCAGCGAUGGCCGCCGCCUACCUAGCCUACCCUGCACACGCACACGCACAUGCACACGCGCAGUACCUCCACAAGACUGAGCCGUUCUUCCUCACCACCCCAGGUCUACCAUUCGGCUCACUGUUCACCGGCAGCGCGGCAGACUACAGCAGUAAACACUGUCGUCGACGCAAGGCCAGGACGGUGUUCUCGGACCACCAGCUGACGGGGCUGGAGAAGAGGUUCGAGGCCCAGAGGUACCUGAGUACUCCGGAGCGAGUGGAACUAGCAACGGCUCUGCAACUGUCGGAAACCCAGGUAAAAACGUGGUUCCAAAACAGGAGAAUGAAGCACAAAAAACAGUUACGAAAGUUAGCCGAGGAUAAGAAUCAACCAGGAAAGUCUUCAUCGGUGAUUUCUAGUUCGACAGGUCUGGAUCAUCCUGUUGACUUCUCUCAAGGCGGAGGGAAGCUGAUGAUGUACUCCGGUGACGACGCGACAGACUCCGAGGACGAGAUCAUAGACAUCGUAGGGGAGAACACCCGAUACCGUCAGUGAAGACCGAGGGAACGCCGAAGAGUCGCAACUACGCAAAUAGUAGAGAAGGGACAAUUGGAGUACAGCUAGAGUAACACAUACCCAAAUCAAUACAGAAGUUGCUAAAUAAUUAUAAAAAUCGUUUUACGUGUGGUGUGAGAGCAGAACGAUUCGUACAAAUGUAAGUGAGGAUGUGAGAGUUUCUAAAUCGCAAAAAGAUAAAAAAAAUCAUUGUACAGUAAUACUUAUUUUUUUGUGGUCAAAAUGUGUACUUCUACUUAGUUUGCAUUGACUAUUGGAUGUUAGUCAAAUGAUAAAAGGAAGUGGAAAAUGGUUUUAAACGAGUCUUCAAAAAUUGAGAUCUAUAAAUAUAGAUAUUGUGACAUUACAUUAUGAUUAUAUAAAAAAACAAAUACUUUAUUUGAAAUGAAAAUACAUAUAAUGAAAAUAUAUUUUACGUGUACCAAUGGGAAUACUACUGUAUAUUUACCAUUUAAGAGGCAAGGUGACUUUUCGACGCAAUAAGAUAGGC